CUGCUCUCCAGUCCAAACCCAUCAUCGGCUCUCUCUUCUCUCCCGCGAGGCCGCGACAGUGAGCCUGCCUACCUAGGUCGCCGCCGCCGCCGACGUGCCCUCCGGACCAACUGUCCAGUGUCCGCCGCCGUGCCGUAGCUUAGCUUCACCGCCGACGCCGUCGCCGUUCCCGUUCGCCCUCAUCGCCUCCCCAAACCCCGGUCCGCAGUUUCCCCCCGGCCAUUGGUUCCCGUCCCGAGGUAACCAAGUCGUCUUCGUCAUCGGACCACACCACUGGCCACAUGCCUAGACAAGGCGAUUUGGUAGAUGAUGGUAGCUUGCCUGGCAAGAAGAAAGGAGGGAAGGAUAUGGGCCAGAAGCCCCGGAAAGGUGGUUCUAGGCCUUCAGAUGGGAAAAGGGACAAGGGACAGGAUGGUAGGCAUGGAAAGAGCCGGCAUUUGGAUAGUUCGAUGAAGAAUGAGAAUGCGUCAGUACCCCCAAGAGCAUCAGCUGCUGCUGCAAAUGUUAUUAGGAAAAAGGUCGAUCCUGAGACGGCAAAGUAUUUUCUGGAGAUAUCGAAUCUCUUUGAAAACAAGGAGAUCGAUUUGGAGGAGCGUUCGACUAUAUGCGCCAAUGCUUUGGAGGAAACUAAAGGGAAAGAGCUCGAACUCGUAACUGACGGUGUAAUAAGCCACACCUUGCAGAUUCUCAUCCAAGGUUGCGAGUUGGAGCAGUUAUGCAUGUUCCUCCGCAGCUGUAUGCAGUCUUUUCCUGUGAUUUCCACAGACAAGUUUGGGUCGCAUGUGGCUGAAGCAGCUCUCAAGUCACUGGCAACACAUCUUGAUGACGAGUCCUCCAGGGUCAUUGUAGAAGAGACGUUGAAUAAGAUAUGCAAGGUUGUUGCUGCAGAUGCUACUAAUGUGAUGUGCAGCUGCCAUGGAUCCCAUGUUUUACGGACGCUUCUCUGUCUUUGUAAGGGAGUCCCAUUAGAUUCAUUGCAAGAUUUCCACACUACAAAGAGAUCUGCUGUUCUGGCUGAACGAUUGAGUUGUGGUGUCAAUAGAUCAGGUGGACAGAAUCCGACAACCUUUGAACAUGGUUUCUCAGACAUGUUCAAAUCUUUUGUCAGGCAAAUGUUACAAAACACGAAAGAUGACAUUUCUAUGUUACUAACUGAGAAGAACAGUAGCCUUGUUUUACAGACUGCACUGAAGUUAUCAGUUGGUGAUGAUCACGAGUUGCGCCACAUAAUAUCAAUUCUUCUGGGUUACGACGAGGACACUGCACAGAAGAAAGAUUACAGUGAACAAAAGAAUAAAAUAGUUGCUUUACUUGAAGACACUGCUUAUAGCCAUCUCUUAGAGGUCAUUAUGGAGGUUGCUCCUGAGGAGGUGCGCAGCAAUAUGCUUAUAGGUAUUCUUAAGGGUGUACUUUUUGCAAUCUCAUCUCACCACUGUGGCAACUACGUGGUGCAAGCUCUAAUAUCAUCAACCAGAACUGCAGAUCAGAUGAAGCAAAUCUGGGAGGAACUUGGUCCUAAAAUUAAGGAGCUUCUUGAGCAAGGUAAAACCGGAGUGGUGGCUUCCAUUUUAGCAGCAUGCCAGCGGCUUGAGACAAAUCGCCUUGAGAGCUCUGAAGCUCUUUCUUCAGCAUUAAGUUCAGAUUCUGAAUCUCCUGAUAGCAUCGUUGCACGUAUACUUUUUCUUGAGAAUUUCCUUUGGGAGAAAUCGUCUUGGAAAUGGCCGCCUGGCGUAAAGAUGAGUGUCCUUGGUUGCCUGUUGCUGCAAUCAAUCUUUCAAUACCCACAUCAAUACAUUAGGCAAUACGUUGCAAGCUUGCUGGCUUUGGAUGCUGAUAAGAUCCUCCAAAUUGCCAAGGACUCUGGAGGCAGCCGUGUUCUAGAGGCUUUUCUAUGUUCAAGUGCAACAGCAAAGCGAAAAUUCAAAGUUUUUGCAAAAUUGCGAGGCCAUUACGGGGAGAUUGCUAUGAAUCCUUCUGGUUCAUUCUUGGUAGAGAAAUGUUUUACAGCCAGUAACUUUUCUCAUAAAGAGGCCAUAGUGUCAGAGCUAUUGGCUAUGCAGAAUGAACUAUCUAAGACAAGGCAUGCCAUCUACUUGUUAAAGAAGCUGGAUGUUGAUACAUACUCAAGACGGCCAGACCAGUGGAGAGCUGUGCAAACUUCAAAGGAAAGAACCCAGAGAGAAUUUGAAGUGGAAUUUGGCCUAAACAGUAAACCAGCUGGCCAGAGUAUUGAAGAACUGCUCUCUCCUCAAAGUCCAGCAAAGAAGCGUAAGCAGAAAGAGAAGACGGAGAAAACCACCGAGGAUGCCAGCACCAGCAAGCAAGGUUUAUCUCAGAAAAGCAACAAGAGGCAAAAAUCUGCCAAGGAAACAUCUGAGGGAGCAUCGAGCGGCAAGAAACCCGCGAACGAUGCCGCCAGCACGGCAUUCUUGAAGAACUCCGACAAGAGCAAAUCGCCAAGUUUCCUCUCCGACAGACAGACAAACAAGAAACAAAAACACCAGAGACCCAAUUCUGGCCAACCAGAUGGCAGGUCGUUUGUUCGUGACAGCGCUAGCACGCCGUUUGUCAGAAAUAACGUCAAGCAGAAACAGUCUAUCGCUGAGCUUGCUGCCCUGGCCGGCAAAGAGAAACUGACCGCCGGAGAAGUCCGGAAACUGCUGAAGCCCGAAAUCUCCUCCACGAGCUAACUGAUUACAGAUCAUCUGCGAUGUGAUCUCGCUCAUCUUCCGUCUAAAAGAAAUUACACACUGGCUACUUCCACUUCAUGGUCUCUGAACUAUGGAAACCUGACUGAAUUUCCGCGACAUGGCCAACAAUGAUGAUGCAAGAACACACCUACCAUCAUGGCGAUCACUUUCUGUUCCAUCCUGUUUUGCAUGAUGCUGUUUUAUGUAGUUUGUACACUGUCAGGGCAGUUAUCUUAGCAUCUGUCAGCGGUGCUAAGAGUUGUGCUGAAGUUGCUAAAGAAACAUCGUAUGUUUUGACUAAAUUAUGUGGCAAGGGACUGGUCACGUGAAAUUGUAGGAAUUUGUAUUCGUUAGUUUGGAACUUCGGAUCGAAGCAAACAUGAAGAACAGAAGGCUAGACAUUUCUCAUGUUUGAAAUCAGGUGGUGUUUAGAUCAAAAUUAGGCAAAGAUAAAAGAUUUUUGUACC